UUAACUUACAAAAGGUAGAAUAUACGAAAGAGCACGUGAAAUAUUAGCAAAAGGUAUCAUCCUCCCCCCCCUAAUAAAUGAAAAAAAAAAUCCACAAACUUAGAGUGAUUUUUAAGUGAAAUAUUAAAGAAUAAAAGUUGUGAAAUCUAAAUAAGUCAGCGUGGUUUACCGUGUAACUCUUUAUUGGUCAGAGGUAGAUAGAGUCAUACGACGUUGGCAGCAUGGACUUCCCCAGCACGACCGAGUAUGCAGUUCAGAUGUCUUGUAACAGUUGUGUAAACGCUGUUAAAAAGACUUUGGAAGGAGUUGAUGGCAUCAGCUCUUUUGAUGUAAACCUGGAGGAACAGCGUGUUGUGGUUAAAUCUGUUUUACUAAGUUCUCAAAUUAAAGAACUGCUUGAAAAAUCUGGAAGAAAAGUAGCAUUACAGGGCUAUGGAACAGAAUUUACUGGAAAAAAUUUGGGUGCUGCUGUAGCUGCAAUUGAUAUGGGUAAAAGUAUGGUUCAAGGAGUUAUUAGAUUGGUACAGGCUUCACCAAAAACGUGUGUCAUCGAAGGAACAAUUGAUGGCUUAAAACCUGGAGUGCAUCGAUUGAAUAUUCAUGAAUAUGGUGAUAUCUCAAAUGGUUGUAAUAGUUGUGGAGAUAUUUAUGGUCUAAAGCAAAAGUUUGAUAAAGAUGCUUCUGGCAAUCUUGAUGUUAUAAAAGCUGGAGAGACUGGAAGGAGUGAUUUCAGGAUGGUCAAAGAUAAUCUUAGCAUUUCAGACAUUAUUGGUCGUUCUAUGGUAAUUCAUGAAGGAAAAGAUAUAUCGUUUACAGACAAUCUAAGCGAUAGAGUUGGUUGUGGCGUCAUUGCUCGAUCUGCUGGGCUAUUUCAGAAUGUCAAAAAGAUUUGUGCUUGUGAUGGAGUUAAUAUUUGGAAUGAGAAAGUGCAACCAGGUAACACUGCUGAAAAUGAAUUGCCUAAUGCUAAAAUUUAGGAAAAUAUAUUGCAACGGUUUUGGUUUUGGUUUUUUUUGUGAUUUUGUUGAAAUUAAUUUUUCUACAGAACUAUUCAAAAUUCAAUGUUAGUUGAAUUUUGAAAAAAUAUAUUAUAGCUAUUCAUGAGUUUUUUUUUUUUUCUUUACUUAUGAACCCAGUAUUACAGAAAUCCAUUAAUUAGCAUUAAUAAAAUAAUCAAAAAAUUGCCAUUAAAGACUGAAUAAUUUAAUUUUAAACAAAUCAGUUGAUUAUGUUUAAAAAUGUUGAUUUAAGCUAAACACUGGGUUUUCAUUAUCUUUUUUCCUUUGCCUUGAUUUCUUGAAAAAUUUUGUAAUAUUUGAUGUAUUUGAAAUAGCUACUUCUUUUAUUUUAUUAUUUUUUUUUCAAAUUUUUGUCUUUGCUUUCAUUGGAAAAAAAUUUGAUUUUUUUUAACAUUCCAGAAAUUUCUUCUGACUUUUGAAAUAAAUAUAUUUUUUCAAAGAUUAAAGCUGUAUUGUGAUAAAUCUAAUUUCUAUGGAAUAAAAUUGUUAUAGUCAUGGA